CUGGCUGUGCGCGGGCAGGGUGGUGGCCGUACGCAGGAGCACCCAAGGAAAUAGUGGGUGUGUUCGUGGCCUUAUUGCUACUUGACGUAAGACCGGCGUUGUGGCAGCCUCGUCCGGGCGUGUUGAGGGCAAGGCGGUGGUUUCCCUUACAAGAUCUGCCCUUAUAACGUGAGAUUCUUCAGAGGAUAGAGUAAGGAGAGCCGUGGCUGCCUUCAUUGCCGUGGUGAGCCAUGGGGUGGUUGGCAGUGGCGGUGGUGGCGGUGGUGGCUGUGCUGGCAGUGCCCUGCCGAGGGGAGGUGUUCACAUCCAUGUCAGACAUGAGUCGCCUGCUCACCACGGAGGGAGAGAUGAUCAGAGCCAUCGAGAACUUCAUCAUUGCACAAGAAGAAAAACUUCAAAAACUAAAAAAAGACUUGACUGAGAUGGAGCGAGUCCAUGACGUGGCGGCACACUCACCCGAAGACUUCCUGGCCAACCCAAUCAACGCCUACCUGCUGGUGAAGAGACUCACUGUGGACUGGGCCGACCUGCAGGAUGUCAUGACUGACAACACCAUGGGCAAAGAAAUGUUGAACAAUUUGACGAGCAUGGCUGAGUUCCUGCGGUGGCCGGAUGAAGAGGACUUGAAUGGUGCGGCCACGGCACUGAUGCGGCUGCAGGACACCUACAACCUGGACACUGCCCAGCUGGCUCGAGGCCAGAUCCUGGGCAAGAAACAGGCCUACAGGGAGCUGACUGCGGCUGACUGCUUUGAGCUGGGGCGCCAGAGCUACAACUCAGGAGACCACUACCACACCACAUUGUGGAUGACAGAGUCCCUCACUCGCCUGGAGAGUGAGAACAACAAAACUUUGGAGCACGCAGACAUCCUGGAAUACUUGGCCUUCUCAACGUACAUGCAGGGAAAUGUCCGCCAGGCCCUCAAGUUGACCAACGAGCUGCUCCUGGAGAGACCCAACCACCAGAGGGCGCUGGGCAACAAGGUGUACUAUGAGCAGGCACUCAACAACCAGGAGGCCAGCAAGAGAGGGGAGGAUGUGGAUUCCCUUCAUGAGGAGGCUGUAGAGAAGGGAUACACCGUGACAGAGAACACCCUGGCCAAUGACGCCUACCACAGGGAGCGCCGGUCCUACGAACGGCUGUGUCGAGGAGAGGGUAGAUUGUCGCCAAAGCUCUCCAAAAGGCUCCACUGCUACUACCAAUAUGGCCCCAGUGACUACCUGAAGAUUGGUCCCGUCAAGGCUGAGCUGGCACACAUCAACCCAACUAUUUACAUUUAUCAUGAUGUUCUCACUGAUAAAGAAAUUUCAGUGAUAAAAGAACUUGCUACACCGCUGUUCAGGAGAGCCACUGUGCAGAACUACAAGACUGGAGAGCUUGAAAUAGCAUCCUAUCGCAUCAGCAAGUCAUCUUGGCUGAAGGCAGAAGACUCAGAGGUUGUGUGGACAGUCAAUGAACGUGUGGCUGCCAUCACAGGACUGAACAUGAACACUGCCGAGGAGCUCCAGGUUGCCAACUACGGCCUUGGUGGUCACUACGAGCCUCACUUUGACUAUGCUCGGCGAGAAGAGAAAGAUGCCUUUAAAUCUUUAGGAACUGGUAACAGAAUUGCUACUUUCCUAUUCUAUGACCAUGACAAGGAGGAUGACUUGGGCCCUUGGGGCAAUCGCAUGUCAACUUUAUUGUUUUAUAUGAGUGACGUUGAGGCAGGAGGAGCCACAGUGUUCCCUCAGAUCAACCUGUCACUGUGGCCCAAGAAGGGUGCUGCUGCCUUCUGGCACAACCUGCAUCCCAAUGGUGAGGGCGACGAACUAACCCGCCACGCUGCCUGCCCGGUACUGGUGGGCACCAAAUGGGUGUCUAACAAGUGGAUCCAUGAACGAGGGCAGGAGUUCAGGAGACCGUGUGGCCUGAGCCCCAAGGACUUGUAGUGGUGCAGCGGCUCUUGGUGGGCACUGUGUGAUAUCAAGUGGGACAGGGCGGGGUUUUCUUAACCUUGAGAAUGCUGCAUUGUUAAUAUGUAUAAAUCUGUGAAUGAGUGCCGGCUGCUCAGUCAGUGUGUUGAUAGAACUAAAUAUUCUUUCUUAGAUCUCAUAGCAGUUAUUGCAGCCAAAUGUACUGACACACAAAACUGUAACAGACUUGGACUUGCAUCAUUGUCAUCACUUACUGGAAGUCACACUUUGUCACAUUAUGAUUGCCAGUAUUGACAUGAGUGGAGUGCAUUGGCCCCAGUAUCUUGCUUGGAUGUAAUUCUGAAUCUGCAUGCUCAUGUUACUUCAUGUUUGAUAUGAAUGAUAAAGCUUGUGACAGUAAAAACUUUUCAUAA